AUGCGUAGAGACGUUCCUACUGCACCCGAAGCAAUGUUGGGACCCCCUGCGGUCAUAUUCGAUCGCUCCACCAGCCAGUUCGUCCGACCCAUGAGGCCAUCAGGGCCUAGACGUUCGAGAUCGGCUCUCAACGUCCGAGUUUCUUCGAGAGACUUCACCACCACCCAGCACAGCAUCGAGAACAGGCUUCUUGAAGUACCUGGUGCCUGGCAUGCCUCAGGCCCCUACUUGUACUGGCCCUGUGCGCCAAAAGAUUUCAAUCCCAGGCGCUUGACCAACCACUUGAGUUCACACACGAUCUCAACUCCACGAUGGGCAUCGGUGACUCGGCCCAGGCCCGACAGCGACACUCCACACCUCGUAUCUCUCGUCGACAUCGCCGCACGAUUUGGACUCGCGUGCGACUGCAUACAUACCCUCAAUGCUUGUUCAUACGCACCCACUACCCUGAGGUUCAUCGUCCUCAAUGAAGCUGACGGUCGGAUCCGUGACCCACAUCUGGUUGUCUACGCGAAGACUAACCUCCAUCUCCUUCCUGGCUAUGAAUACCCAUAUCCUGUUCAAGCUCAGGAAGGGUUUGAGCACGAGCACAAUGAUGUCAGCGAUAUGUACUCGGAUUCCGACCUCAUAGAUCUACGGAGCCGUGCGGGCUCGGCUGCCUCUCUCAGAGCUGAGCUUUCUUCUCCAUCGUCUGUUGCAUCGACACCCGCUUCCUCUGUGCAGUGGGACAACGUUCAACCCUCGCCUAGUGACGAGAUGGGAAGCGCCGGUCUCUCGCCCAUCGCCCUAUUCUCUCGGGUCCGAUCUGGUCAGCAGGGUCGAACGUUCGAGUUUCUCGGCUGGUAUGAACUGGAAGAAACUGAAUUCUUUGCGCCAAGGACCUUCGAAUUGUUUCGCAUGUUAGGGGGAAGAUACGAUUGGAGAAGUACACCUUCUGCAGCGAGUAUGUAA